GCAAUAGUAGCCUCUGGAAAUAAGCCUUACUUUUUGAUUAAUCUUGCAGCGAAAAAUCAGCCAAACAGUCUCUAAUCUAUAGCUAUGGGAGGACCUUCAACGGAUUUGCAGCUAAAUUAACUGAUGAAGAAGUUGCAAGGUUUUCCGCAAUGGAAGGCGUCUUAUCGGUCAUUCCAAACCAUAUACUUAAGCUUCACACCACAAGGUCAUGGGAUUUCAUGGGCUUCUCCCAUAGCGAUGUUGCACCUGCUCAAGAAGGCCAUGUAGUUGUUGGACUACUUGACACAGGAAUCUGGCCGGAAUCUGAGAGUUUCAGUGACAGUGGACUGUCUGCUCCACCUGCUAAAUGGAAAGGAACCUGUCAAGGUGUCAACUUCACUUGCAACAAUAAGAUCAUUGGAGCUCGCUACUACAACAGUGAAAAAUUCUAUGACACAACUGAUUUCCCUUCUCCAAGAGACUCUGAGGGACAUGGCUCGCACACUUCCUCGACUGCGGCAGGUAAUGAAGUGCCUAAUGCAAGUUACUAUGGGCUAGCCAGUGGAACAGCCAGAGGUGGAGUUCCCAAUUCAAGGAUCGCCAUGUACAAGGUUUGCUGGUCAUUCGGAUGCGCUCUUGCUGAUAUCCUGGCGGCAUUCGAUGACGCCAUUGCAGAUGGAGUUGAUAUCAUAUCAGUGUCUCUUGGUGCUGACUUCCCAAUGGAAUACUUCGAAGACCCCAUUGCUAUUGGUUCUUACCAUGCUAUGAAACAUGGUAUAUUGACCUCUAAUUCUGCUGGUAAUUCAGGGCCUUGGCCAUUAACUGUUUCCAAUUAUGCUCCCUGGACCUUGACUGUUGCUGCAAGUACAAUUGACAGAAAAUUUAUUGCCCAAGUGGUGCUCGGCAAUGGACAAGUUUACACUGGGCUUUCCAUCAAUAGCUUUGAUCUCAAUGGGACUACAUAUCCGCUGAUCUGGGGAGGAGAUGCAGCCAACUACACUGCUGGGGCUGACCCAGGACUUUCAAAAUAUUGCAUCACUGGUGCCAUGAAUUCAUACAAGGUAGCAGGAAAAAUUGUUCUCUGUGAAACUCUCUGGGAUGGCUCUGGCAUUUUGAUAGCUGAUGGUGUCGGUACCAUAAUGGCCGAUUCUUCGAUUACUGACGUCGCCUUCAAUUACCCAUUGCCGGCAACUCAAAUCAGCACAGAGGACGGCCAGGCAAUUUUGGACUACAUCAGAACAACAGAAAACCCAAUUGCAACUAUUCUUGUUGGUGAACUUUACAAGGAUGUUAUGGCUCCUUAUGUUGCAUCAUUUUCUUCUAGAGGGCCAAACCCUGUCAGCCCUGACAUUCUCAAGCCUGAUAUCAGUGCACCUGGUGUGGACAUCCUUGCCGCUUGGUCUCCUGUAGCACCGCCUUCCAUCUACUAUGAUGACACCAGGGCUGUCAAUUACAACAUAAUCUCCGGCACAUCCAUGUCUUGUCCUCACGCUAGUGGUGCCGCCGCAUAUGUGAAGGCUGCCCAUCCCGACUGGUCUCCUUCCGCGAUUAAAUCAGCCCUCAUGACCACAGCUCAUGUGAUGGACCCAAAAAAGCACCCAGAUCUUGAAUUUGCAUAUGGCUCAGGUCACCUCAACCCUACUGAUGCAAUAAACCCUGGGCUUGUUUACGAUGCCAAUGAGACCGAUUACAUCAACUUCCUUUGCAAACAAGGGUAUAAUGAUACCAAUCUAAGACUGAUCACCGGCGACAACAGCAGUGUUUGCUACAGCACAGAGCCUGGAAGAGCUUGGGAUCUGAAUUACCCAUCAUUCUCUCUAGCUUUGCUAGAUGGCCAAGAGAUUUUAGCUGACUUUACCAGGACGGUUACCAAUGUUGGCUCACCAAACUCAACAUAUACUGCUAGAGUAUACAUGCCUCCUAAUAUUAAUGUUGAGGUUAAGCCAUCAACACUGUCAUUCUCCAGCGUUGGGGAGACACAAUCUUUUACAUUGACAGUCAAUGGUCCACCGAUUACACAGCAGCCAAUUAUGUCAGGUGCAAUCAUCUGGGAAGAUGGAGAUUAUCAAGUGAGAAGCCCAAUUGUGAUAUAUAAUAUCUUCUCCCUUUCUCCCAUUUCAGCCUUCUAUGCGUCUCAGCAAAGUGUGAGCCUGAAAUUCAAGGGUCCUUCAAUGUACACCAAAAAUGGAAUCCUUGGACGUAACUAAAUCAUAUCAGUAUUUCAGUUUCAGUUCUUAGAUGGCAUCUAAAAUAAAACUUCUUCUACAAGAUUGAAGGAGGACUUACAAUAAAACAGUUAUUUUGUAUGCAGUUUCUGCUUUCAAAUGUCUAGCGGUUACUGCAAAUGCUUUUUGAUUGGAUUUUGUACCUUUGAUAAUCCAUGAACUUUAAUGCUUCAAGCAUAACUUCUUUACA